AGACAUUAGAUAACAUCGACACAGUGCUAUAAGACGGAAAGUCGUGUUUGAACGGUCGAGUGUCUCGCCCCGACGCAGUCAUGGACAUAGGAACUGCGAUUCUGAUUAUUGGUUUUGCUGCUCUGGCUGCAGCUUUUUGCUUGUUGGUGAUCGGUCUGGUGUUUUCCGAGGCGAUGAACUCCGAAAUUCCUCCUGGAGUUGGUAAUCGUGGAAAACUUCACUUUGUGCACUGCUGGACGAUGGGGAUAGCAGUUGUGGGUCGUAUCCUGGAGCGCCUGGGUUUGUGUCAUCAGGUGCGUUUUAGUCGAUGGUGUACGGAUUGCAUGAUUGGCAAUAAAGGUCCCCCUCCUAUUGGGCUUCGUAUUAAAGACUCGACCUUUGCCGGAGUGCCAGUGAGGAUCUACGAGCCCACAGUUUCAGAGCAGAAAAGACGAGGUCUCAUGUAUUUUCAUGGAGGAGGAUGGGUCCUCGGCAGCAUCGACUUGUACGAUGAAGUUUGCCGGCACAUUGCAAAAGAGAGCGAUACCGUAGUCGUGUCUGUUGGUUACAGACUCGCUCCUGAGCACCGGUUUCCUGCCGCAUUAGAUGAUUGCGAGCUCGCUACGCAUCAUUUCCUGUCUGUGGCAGCUGAGUUCAAUGUGGACCCGCUCCGUGUGGCACUGGGAGGAGACAGUGCAGGCGGUAAUCUGGCAGCCGCUCUCAGCCAGAGGCUGGCUACAAGCCCGGAUGGGCAUCUGCCGUCACCCUGUGGCCUUGUCCUCAUCUACCCGGCUCUGCAGAUGGCUGACUUUAACCUGCCCUCUUAUCAGCAGAACCACACUGUGCCUUUAUUGUUCCGUGCACGUAUGGUCUUCUACUUCCUCCAGUACCUAAAUGGUGACAUGUCUGUGUGUCAGGAUGUGCUCGAGGGCAGACAUGUUCCUGCCGAGCUAAAACUGCACUACAGCAAGUGGCUCAACCCCUCGAACCUCCCACCUGAAUUCCAAGAUGGCGCCCGAAAGCAGGUGGUGACAACCCACGAUGGUGAAGUGUAUCACAUAGUUAAAGGUGGUCUCGAGACAGGGAUUUCACCUUUGCUGGCUGAGGAUGAAGUGCUCUGCCUCAUGCCGCCCACUUUUAUCCUGACUUGCCAGUACGACGUGCUGAGAGAUGAUGGGAUUCUGUUCAGGAAGAGGCUGCAGGAUCUAGGAGUCAAGGUCACAUGGUAUAACGUCCCUGAUGGCUUCCAUGGCAUUAUGAACUUCUUCAGCAAGGGUUGGCUGAGCUUCCCUGCUGCAGUCAAGGCCAUGGAGCACAUUGUCAGCUACAUAAAGACGCUCUGAGGCCUGGAAGUUCUACUCUGUAUUGUGUGUUAUUAGCACAGGCAGGACUUUUGAUGCGUUUUUCCAUCACGGAGGAAACAACUGAAACCCUGUUUAAUCUAAAUUCACAUAUAAAGGGCAUUCAAGUUGUUGUUAAUAAUUGUUUAUACAAAAACAUGUAGCCUGUUCGGUCAGGCCCCAUACUGGUGUAGAAGCCAGAGUUUUAAUGUGCAAAAAUAGCUUUUCUAUAAAGAGCAUAGCAACGAUAUCAACAAAGCUUGCAUGUCAUCAUUCAAAGUAAUAAAUUGAGUAUCCUUUUAUAAAAUA